CAAACUGCAAGAUGGACAUUCCUACAGACAUUCCAGAAGAGGAAAUGGAAACCACAACAUAUGACUAUGAGGAUAACGCUGGACCAUGUUCCAAUGAUGGUGUACAACAAUUUGGUUCCAGUUUCCUGCCGCCAUUUUAUUAUUUGGUGUUCACAUUCGGUCUGGUGGGCAAUGCCCUAGUUGUGAUGAUUCUCAUGAGAUAUAAAAAAAUCAAGAGCAUGACUGAUGUCUACCUGCUAAAUUUAGCAAUUUCAGACUUGCUCUUCAUUUUCUCACUCCCGCUUUGGGCAUAUAAUGCCGCAGACCAGUGGGUAUUUGGGAAUGUAAUGUGCAAGAUUCUCUCUGGAAUUUAUCUUGCAGGCUUCUACAGUGGAAGUUUUUUUAUAAUCCUUUUGACUGCUGACAGGUACCUGGCAAUAGUCCAUGCAGUGUUUGCAUUAAAAGCCAGGACAGUUGUCUAUGGCAUCUUCACAAGUGUCAUCACAUGGGGUGUGGCACUUUUUGCCUCUGUGCCGGAGAUAGUAUUUAACACAUGUAAAAUGGAAGAGGGCCGCUUGAAAUGCACUCCUGAUUACCCACUAACUUCCUCGAUCAACUGGAAUCAAUUCAACGUUUUAAAAACCAACCUCAUUGGCCUGGUCUUACCAAUACUUGUCAUGACUUUCUGCUAUACAAAGAUCAUAGCGAACCUGAUGAGAUGCAGGAAUGUGAAAAGGAACAAAGCAGUCAGGCUUAUUUUUAUCAUCAUGGUCAUUUAUUUCACCUUCUGGGCUCCAUACAAUAUUGCUAUUCUUCUCCAUACAUUCCCAGGUUUGUUUUCUCUUGACAAUUGCAACAGCAACAGCAGACUGGUUAUAGCCAUAGAAGUUACUGAAGGAAUAGCUAUGUCCCAUUGUUGCAUCAACCCUAUGAUCUAUGCCUUUGCUGGUGAGAAGUUCAGAAAAUAUAUUUGCAGCUUUUACCGAAGGGACAUUGCUCUCAGGCUCUCAAAAUAUAUCCCAGUGUUGUAUUCAGAGACUCCAGAACGAGCAAGUUCCACAUAUACUCCAUCUACUGGGGAGCAUGAGAUCUCAGCUGUGUUGUAAAGGAUGUCCAUUGAGAAUAAGUAUCAUUG